CCCAUCUCCCACAUCCGCCUCUGGGCCCUGCAGCUCAUCUUUGUCACUUGCCCUUCCCUCCUGGUCAUCAUGCACGUGGCUUACCGGGAAGACCGCGAGAAGAAGAACCGGGAGAAGAAUGGGGAGAAUUGCCCCAAGCUCUACAGCAACACGGGCAAGAAGCACGGUGGGCUGUGGUGGACCUACCUGCUCAGCCUCUUCUUUAAGCUUAUCAUAGAAAUCCUGUUCCUCUACCUCCUCCACAAGAUGUGGGACAGCUUCGACUUGCCACGGCUGGUCAAGUGCGCCAACGUGGAGCCCUGUCCCAACACUGUGGACUGCUACAUUGCUCGGCCAACGGAAAAAAGGGUCUUCACCUAUUUCAUGGUUGGAGCCUCCUCCAUCUGCAUCGUCCUCACUGUCUGUGAGAUCUUCUACCUCAUCUUCAAGCGGGUUGUGCGGAGUGCACGGAAGUGGAGGAAGUCCGUGAAGCGCUCCGUCAGCUACAGCAAAGCCUCCACCUGCCAGUGCCACCUCAAGGCUGAGGAGAAGGACAACAAGUCCCAGACGAGGUGUGUGACACUCCUGCAGGCCUUGGCUCCCAACCUGACUGCUGUCUGA